CACAGAAAAGUGUGAAAACCAGAAGAGCUUUUCCUGCCCUUCACCCCCUCAUCUGCUGCUAUCACAUGCUAUAACUUCACCCUCAAGGUACAUAUAGGUGCGUGCCUCUAAGGCAACAUGGAGCAGGAGGGGAUGCUGGUCCAGUCUAUUUACUAUGGGAGAAUUGGAAGUGAGGCCACAGAGAGGCUGCUGGAGAGGUUUGGACACGAUGGCAGCUUUCUGCUCAGAGACAGCGAGACCGUACAGGGGGCCUAUUGUUUGUGUGUGAGGAAAGCACCGUUUGUGCACACCUACAGGCUCGAACACUCCUCUGAUGGCUGGUGUCUUCUGAGUUCAGAAGUCAGGCUGCAGAGCUUUAGGUCGCUGGAAACAUUGAUAGAGAGCUACAGAAGCAGUACAACCUCUGACGUCAGAAUAGCCCCCCUCAGAGAUCCACUGGACAAAACACAGCUACAGUACAUCAGCUCGGGUCAAGAGUUUGCCUACAUGGAAAUAUAGGCAGUGGCAGCAGCUGCAACUCAGUCUGAGGAGCUCUCGCCUUUAGACUGGCCGACCAACGCCGCUCAUCAGGUGGACUAAAGAUGGAAGAAAUAUUUAUUACAUGGCACAUCAAAAGAUCUGUAUACUCCCUAUUUUUUUUUUUUUUUUUUUUUUUUUUUGGCCGGAUUUCCACAUUUAUUUUUAUCACGGGGCAUGAUAAAAAUAAAAAGUGGUCACAGCUCUGUAGAUAAAAACAGGCCAGUUUCAAGUAUUUCACCAAGUAGUCAAAGUCGAAUGUUUGUUUUGGUGUCAGAGUGUGGGAACGUAUAUUUAAAUGACACACAUGUGCAAAGAUAUCACACACUAUCACGUGGUUUCCUUUAGACAGAACCCAGCUGUGUGGUCUGUUUGUAUUGGUGUGUGAAGUGUGUUUUUGGAUGUCCAUACACAAAUGGAUUCCACCCUAAUGGCUUCAGUUGUACUUAUCUGGUCAUCAUUGUGUGUUAUGAUUUUUUAUUUCUUUUUUUUUUGCCAUAAAGGAAAGAUAUUUUUACACAGUUGCAGUCAUGUAUAGUAAUACUUUUUUUCUGCACAGAUAAAGUUUGGGUAAAGACACAUUUGUGUACAGUAUCUCUUUGAUUUGUGAAUAUGUUUUUUUAUCCUAUCUGAAGUCACCAUAGCAGGAUUGUGACAAAGUGUAACAACACAGGAAAUGAAAGAAAGGCGGAUCACAGACUCUAUUGUAAGAGCAUUUAUUUCACCAUGUGUCUUCAUUUAGGUUCAUCUCUGUCAAUGGCAACACCCAGCAUACAAGCUGAUUUUCAGGUUUUACAAUAAAGUCUUAAAUAGACAAAAAACAAAGUACAAAACAUGCUUUUCACAGAUGGGUGUACACCAUUCCAAGCAUAUAUGCUUUGGAUGAUUCAUUGCUCAGCCUAGUUUUCACGUUUGGCUCCACUUUGACUUUCAACUGACACUCAUCUGUGAAUUCCCUUAUAGUACAUGUCACACACUUUGACACAGGCUCUCCUUCUUUCAUAAUGUUUAAAAACUUUUAUACAAACGUAUUUUUUUAAGUAUUAGUUUUGCAGUUGAUAACAUAUUUUGUGCAAAGUGCUCUGCGGUUAAGCUACUGGCUGCAGCCUUCUAGGAAGUAACACUUUUACCUGGACUCACAGGCAACUUGAACCCACAACAAAGCGAUUGCUCUCAGCGGACUGCAACAAAUCUAAACUAACAGAAUUUCUUCUCUUUUGCUUUGUUAAAUGCAGCGGCUCUCUUAAUUGUUGCUGUAAUGUUUAUUCUUAGUAAUAAUAAGUGUAUGUGCCACUCUGUGUGUGCCAACUUGGUUCAGCUCGUUAGGCUCAUACAAACCAGGCUUUUCACACUUUUUAUGAACCAUCCCACAGGUGAUCCUACAAAUACUUUGGUAGAUGACAGUCUCAUCUUACUAAUGACAUGUAGGGGAAUU